AUGCCGUUAGUGAAUCAAAUCGAGCCGUACGUUCCUGGUACUAUUCCGUUUGCGCAGUUUUUGGAGCAGUUGGACUGGGUGUUUGCGCAUCAUAAAGUGGUUGAUCCGGCGGAGCAAAGAGUUUCUUUUCUCGCUACCUGUAGCAGGGAAGUCUACAGCGAGAUAAAGCUUCUUUUCCCUGGCAAGGAUUUGAAAGCUUUAUCGUUUAAGGAGAUUACGGAUGCUCUUAAAAAACGGUAUGACAAGACGGAAAGCGAUUUGAUCCAUCGCUACAGAUUCUACAAACGCGAACAAGGGCCGAAUGAAACAGCUGUGGAUUUCAUACUAGCUGUUAAGCUCCAAGCAGAGUUGUGUGAAUUCGGACAGUUUAAGGAUAUGGCGAUUCGCGAUAAGUUGGUUUGUGGAAUCCGCGAUGAGGAGCUACAAAGGCGUUUGUUUGAUGAGGACGAUCUAACCUUGGCGAAAACGGAGAAACUCAUCACGAAUACGGAAGCAGCAGGAGAGAGGGUGAAAAUAAUCUCUCGAGAUUCCAGUUCGCGCCGUACGAGCGUGUUGAACAGGCUUGGGAAUCGGGACAAUCGGUCUGAUUUCCGAGAUCGCUCGCGUGGACGGAGUCGUCAGCCUAGCAGAGGAAGGAGCAGAAGCCGAUCAGUUUCGUUUGACCGUAAAAAUCGUUCCACUUCAAAGUCACGAAAUCUGUUUUGCAAUUUCUGUCGUAGAAGUGGACAUACACGUCGUUUUUGUUACGACUUGAAAAACAAGAAAAAGUCAGUGAAGUUUGUCGAUUCUCCAGCAGCAAAGCCAAAAUUGAACGAGUAUCAAAAAAGUUUGAGACGUCGAUUGAAUAGAUCCGUCUCGGAUGACGACGACAUGGACUGUUUGAUGAUAUCAUCAGUCAAUAGAAUCAACGAACCGUGUUUCCGUAACGUUUUCGUUGACGGCUUGCGGUUGAAGAUGGAAGUUGAUUGUGGCGCUGCAGUCUCCGUCAUCAGUUUGGAGAUGUACGAGGGAGAAUUCGAUCACAUACCUUUAGAGGCGUGCGACAAGAAAUUAGCAGUGAUCAUUGGCAGUAAGUUGAAGGUGGAAGGAGAAAUAACAGUAAAAGUUGAGUUUAACGGCCAAGCGAAAACUGUUCAACUGAUCGUUUUGCGAAGUGGAAGUUGCUUCACACCUUUGUUGGGACGAGACUGGCUGGAUGUAUUCAUUCCUGACUGGAGGAAGGCGUUUGGAAGCAGCAUCAAUCAACUGGCAGUUUGCCCGGACCAGAUUGUUGCAGAGAUACAGAGUUUCCGUCGGAGGUCGGGUGUAUCUGGCGCACCGCAAUCAGCUGAAGCUGGUUGGAGCUCGCAGAAAUCGUCACGGUUUGAUUUUUGCGAGGGAGGAAGGAAGGAAGAGAGUAUGAAAGGGUAA